AUAGUAACCGCCCGAGCCGCUCAGACCGGAAUCACGAGCUCAGAGCAGACAUGACGGGAAACAUUGAUCUCCACACACGGAAAUACAGUCUCUGAACCGAUCGCGCUGGAUGUUUCCAGUCCACGCCGUCAUGAGAUGAUUGUGAGUCUGGUCUUUGUGAUCAUGAGCAGAUUUAAAGGUGUUAUUAGCGGAGCGCAGCUGUGUUUGAAGCAGUAAUGAUUCGGUGAUUGUACUGGAGACAUGAAGACAGUGCUCGUGUUGAGCUGUCUGCUGUUACUCGCUCGAGCAGAGGAUCCCGAAGAGCCCGAUCAGAGCCAGAAGCCCGUCCAGUACCUGUCCAUCGGCGACGGCUCGUCGCAGCAGUUCGAGUUUCCCCGGAACACGCCCGGGGUGAUCGUGAUCUCCAGCCGCUACCGCAGCUCCGGAGGCCGGAAGGGUCGCGAGAGCCUCAAGCAGACGGUUCGGGUGAGAUCUCUGGACCCGCACGUGAUCUCCGUCCUCAACGUGAGUGACAGCGGCCGCUCGGGCGCCGUCAGCAGUUACGUCAUCAGCAUCCGGUCCGGGGCGCCGGGCACGGCUCCGUUACUCAUCCAGCUGCUGGACUUGUACAGGGACUCGGAGCCGGUUCUGAUCGAGGAGCGGAGCGAGUACUCCAUCAGGGUGGCGUCCGGCGGCGAUGAGCCCGCGGCCCGGCUCCUGGAGUCCAGCGGGCUGUCGCACUUCUCCGAGAACCCGGUCCUGUUCGCGCUUCUGCCGCUCAUCUUCAUCAAUAAGUGUGCGUUUGGCUGUAAGGUGGAGGUGGAGGUCCUGCUGGGGCUGCUGCGGAGGCCCGUGCCGCUGCUGCUGGGUGUAGCGGGACAGUUCCUCAUCAUGCCGCUGUACGGGUACGGGCUGUCCCGCCUGGCGUCGCUCCCCAAGGCGCUGGCGCUGGGUCUGGUCAUCACCUGCUCGGCCCCGGGUGGAGGCGGGGGCUACCUCUACAGCCUGCUGCUGGGUGGAGACGUCACCCUGGCCAUCAGCAUGACCCUCAUCUCCACCGUGGUGGCGGCCGCAGCCAUGCCGCUGUCCUCCGCGCUGUACGGCUGGCUGCUGGGGGUCCACGCCGCUCUACACGUGCCCUUCCUCAAGAUCCUGGGCACGCUGCUCUUCAUCGCCAUCCCCAUCUCGCUGGGCAUGCUGGUGAAGCUCCGGCUGCCCGCCGUCACCCGCGUCCUGCUCGCCCUCAUCCGCCCCUUCAGCUUCGUGCUCAUCGUCGGGGGCAUCUUCAUGGCCUAUCAGAUGGGCUCCUCCAUCCUGGCCCACGUGCAGCCCCCGAUCGUGGUGGCGGGCGUGACGGUGCCCAUGUUUGGGCUGCUGCUGGGCUGUGGAUUGGGGCGGCUGGCGGGGCUGCCGCUGGCUCAGAGGAAGACGGUCAGUAUCGAGGUGGGCGUGCAGAACAGUCUCCUGGCGCUGGCCGUCAUGCAGCUGUCGUUCCAGCGGGCCGAGGCAGACUACGCCUCGCAGGCGCCCUUCAUCGUGGCCCUGAGCAGCACGUCUGAGAUGCUUCUGCUGGUGCUGGUUCACGUCGUGCAGCGGCGUCUGUGUGUGUCGCCCGCCUCAGGACCCGGCGCCUGACCGCCAGCUACAGCCCUCGCUGCCCAGCUCUACUGCCAGAACAUCUGCGGACCGCUCAAGUGUUUCUGUCUCACUACCAAAGGCCUUCGCUCGCUGUGGCCAUUUUUGUUUCAGCCUCUUUUUUUAAAUCAGAUUUUAAUUAACACAGUCUUCUGUGUAUAAAUAUGACAGUGUUUACGAAAGAUAUGAGAUAUUUUUCUAAGUAAUUUUGCGAUAUGUUAUUUUGUAAUUGGGAUGCUUUGUUUGUAUCUUGUUUAGAGACGAUGUGUGAUGAUGAUGAUGAUGAUGAUGAUGAUGGUGACAUGUGAUUAAAUGCUUUUUGACCUGACAGAAGAA